UUUUUUCCUUCUGCUCGUCUCUUCGUGUGAUAAAAGUUCUUCUGUCUGUCGCUGUGCUUCUGCAUCAACGCAUAAAUUAACUUCUAAAGUUUGAGGUUGUUGUCUAACGUUCAAAAUCGUUGGUACACUAUACAUAAAUCAUAAUCAGUUUUUUAGAGUAUCGCUCCUUCUUGAUCAACGAAAGGUCUCCGUGUAGGCGUAUUUAUGUAGCCCCAAGAAUACUUUCAGCUUUAGGAAAUCGACUUCACCAUGAGGGUCUUCAUUCAGCAAGAGAGUCGGGAGGAGCGGGACCGGGUGCCUCUACUAAGCCGUCGCCGCUGAACUUGCUACAGAAUUUUCUAGCGACACCAGAAGGCCGCCACGAAGAUGAGUGGCCAGGAUCCUGGCGAUGACGAGCGGGAGGCUGCCAAGCUCCUGCCUUCACGUGGUGGCCGUGGCUCCGAUGUAGUUGAAUCUAAGCAGUCUUUGUCAUUGCUAGGUGCUGCAGAUGGAGGACGGAGCAAGCAGUCAUCUCAGUACCCAGGUGAAAGAAAACCGAAGACGGUUCAAAUCGUCGUGGAUUCUGGCGCCGGACAACGAGAUGAGACAAUUAUGUUGACUGCUGUCGCUAACGGAAAGCAUGUUGGAGGAGGAGCAAACGGUGGAAUUCUCUCGAACGAGAAGGCGUCUCCCUCAACCAGUCGAACGAAGAUGUUGACUUCAAACACCGCAGCAUCUUCAUCCUCUAGCUCAUCUUCUGCGGCCCGACAGAUCAUACAUCAAAACGAUGCUCCUGCAGCUCCUGGCACAAGAAGAACAGCUUCCAUUUCCCGAGGACAAAACAGUUUCCAUUUUCCAACCCUACUUGCGGAGAAAUUUGAACUCGAGAAGCCAACAGAGAUUAAGUGGGCACACGCAGUCAACACGAGAGCGAAACUAGAGGAAGCGUUGCAAGGAGACUGUCAUAUGAUAGAGGCUGACGUCUAUUUUGGACCGUACGAUGAGGAUCGGGAGCCAUCGAACACGAUUUGGAAUGCUUGCAGUACUUUCUUGCUUUAGUUUUGCUUGAUGUAGAAGUUUUAUUUUGACUUUGAUCGAGUUGUUGAAAAAAGAGGGUUGUCGUUGUUGUUCUUCACACUCAGGACAAUUUAGAGUAAAAAUCGCGCUUCUUACUAACUUAUGCUGUAAUGGCCAUCUUCAGUCAUUUUCGUUUUGUCCACAUCGAUCAACGGACGACCUACUCAUUGUAUCAACUUCAAUCAGCCUCUCGCGGUGAGUACGGACGGAGCAGCAGUGGCUCCGAUCUUGACCUUGAAGCGGGUUUCGGUGCUACGACAUCGAAUGAGCUGCGAGUCGGUAGUAGUGUAGCUGCAGUUAGCACAGCCGAUGGCAAUGGAGUGCUUGUUCCUCCUUCUUCUGUAUUAAGCUCAUCCUCAUCCUCAACAAGCCGUAGUCGCAAUGAGCUAAUAAUGGCGCAUCCACCUCAACAACCUGGCAGUAAUUUGUCCUUUCGCCGGUUCUGCGAGAAAUUGAUUGCACACUCCAUCGCAGUCGAAAAGAUGGCUGAGUCAAGAUCUCAGCAGACUCCAGCGGCAGCGGUUUUGGAGUCCAUAUUCAGUCACGAGCAGAUCGAACAAGCGCGUCAGCAGAUAGAUCGAGUUUCAGCGUGGUUGCCGAGUUCGCCUAUCGCAGGGAAUCUCUCAAACCUUCUUCCUAGCUCAGCCCAAAGCAGUCGGAGUCCGAGUAAAGAUGGCUUGACUGGACAACGAUACAACGAACAAGCUGGCGGUUCCUCAUCUAGUACUGCUUUCCGACUCGUGGAGCUGAAUCAGGAGGGCGAUGGAGGCCUUCAUGAAAUUGAUCUUUCUUCGCCGUCAGCAGGUCUUAUAGCAAAGGAACACACUGGCACACUGCGGAAAUCGGCAGGAGACCUGAGUCAGGAGUCUCUGUCCACUACAAGCUGCUCUUCGACGAGGACAGGUGCAACUGGAGGAAUGCUUGCGAGAGGACCAGUGACCACUGCAGAAGUACAACAACAACAACGGCAUGACUCUAGACCACCUGACACUCUCGUUCCCGAAGAACACUCCUUUCCCCUUGCGCACCAGUUGAGUUUUGAUCUAGAUUCGAUAGAAAUUGUGGCGAAAGAGGUAGCUACAAAGACCGGUGAAGAGGUGCAGCGUCUUUCUAAAGCGGCAAAGAAAGUCGGGAAAGACCUCAAACGGAAAGUAGAAGGAGCGUUGGGUAUAUCUAGAAGACGAAUUUGUUGAUUACUUGUUUUUCUAGUAUCAUGAAGACGACUUUGUUGUUCUUGUUUCAAAGCAGGUUCCGCCAUAUGGUCUCUUAUUCAAACGGUUUUUCAAAUUGACUAUCUUUCUCUCCUCCCAUGAUCUCAACAACAGGUCUCGCCAUGUCCCCUAAAGGAGUGAAGCUCGACUUCAAAAAGUCCGAAUGCGUGCAGCCAGCGAUUGAGAUCAUACUUGAGUUGCGGUUGAUGGACUAUGUCCCGUGUCUCUUGCUCAAUGCGGAUAUUCUUUAUGGGCCUUUGGGUGCUCCCGGAAUUUUUGCGCCACGAAGUAUAGAUGGAGAAUUCUUUGUCAAGCAGUGCGCCAGAGUCAAGGGAGCGUGGCUCAGCUUAGGAUGGUCGACAACGGAUUACGCAAUUCGAAAUCGACAUUACCGGUACUCUUAAUUAUUGCCAUUCAUCAGGUGCUACAACUAGCAAUGGAGUAUUAUAUAUAAGUGCCUGUGCCACCGCGGCGAUAAAUAUAAAAGAAAAAGAUUGCUGAGUUUGAAAUUGUAAGCAGAGAAGUCAGUCACAGUGUCAAGUUUGUUCAAGUGCCAGGUGAUCACCAGUACCACUGCUCUGCUGCUCCACGUCUAAUUUACAACUAUCUACUAUGUAUUCUACUCGGCUCUUUUUACAAAUGAAUCCAAAACUCUUUCAACAAACACAGAACCGCUUCCAUCGACGCUAUGCGUACCCUUUGCGAAGCCGAAAUCUGCUGGGACCAUUUCGAACAGCGUUAUCAGAAAGUGACAGACGCGGUCGAGCACAUAACUUUCGCCGUCAAUGGCAGUUACGUCCUCAAGAGCAGAAAAAAUCUGAGAUCCUUACUCCUCGACCAUUUGCCGAACAGUAGCAUCACCGUAUUCACCGGGAUGGGCUCUCUCGGCAUUACAGAAAGCACAUUGGCGAAGAUUCUGGCGGAAUUCGACAACGAACGACUAUUUCUAGACGUCAAGACGCAAACCUGGUUAGGCCUGUUCUGCGGUUGCUGCUUUUGUUGCAGCGGUAGCAGGCGUGGGGAACAUCAAUUGCCCGAACUUACGGACCCAGGAAGCACAGAAGCAUUACGAGCCGAGCUCUACCAGAGAAUCAUGCGCAUGAGAAGCAGCGUAGCCCUGCUAGGUGGUAUAGAUCUGAAUAACGGAGGUGAAGCUGGGCCCUUCGUCGAUGAGGAGUUGCAAGACGAGCUCUCAGACGAUGACGACACGCGUGUGCUGGUGCAUCAUCAAGAUGGCAGAACUGAAAUCGACACAGAUCAUUACAGACCGCCGGGACUGGUGUCUCCUUCAGGAGGACCAAAGAUCAAAGCAGGUGCAAGCGUAGAGCUUAGUGCCAGAUCUAUUUCUAGUACCAGUAAGAAGAAUGGCAAAGAAAAUGCAACGAGGAAUGUGGGUGGCGGUCGCAUCUAUGAUGAAGACGCUGGUGCGGGCAAUAGCUCUUUGUUCUACUACCAGAACAAAAGAAGUAGCGGCGCAGCAAAUGCAGGUGCUCCAACUGCCUCCUCUCCUUCUAGAAAAUCAACAGGACGCAACAGCAAGAAAGAUAACAUCAAGUACACAAGUCUCAGCAACACUCCCUUAGAGGAGAUUCCUAGUGAGGCAGAUCUUCAGAGGUUGAUUCCAAGCAAUAGAAACAGUCCUGCGAAUCGAAGUCCUAGUAUUUCGCCUACGAUCGCCUCCUCAAGUAAUAAUAACAGUCCCACAACUCCUAGUACCACUAUGGCCGUAGCUAUGAGAUCUGCUACAGGAGAUGAAGUUCUUGUAGAUACAACAUCUACAGCUACUUCUCACCAACAAGAUCUGCCACCAGCAGAGGAGAAGAGCAAGCUUCUAGGAGAGCGAGAGGGCGAACACACAGCCUUUUAUCAGCAGAGGAGUCCAGAACCAGAGAGCCCUAGGACGGGGUUUGUCAGAAUACCUUCGGAAACCACUGAUAGAGGAUAGCGUUCAUGGGCUUGAUAUGAACUUCGAAGACUAGCGAUAAGGAUAAGGAUAUCCACCAUGUAAGAAAAUUUAACGAGGACCAAAUAAGAGAAUAAUAUCGAUAAAGUGAAUAGGUUGACGUGCUGCAUGGUCAAGCAAAAAAAAGAAAGUUUUUCCAACCAAGCUUUUCUGAGCAGUGUCCAAGGCUCGUGGGCUACUGUACGCAAAUCAAAUAUUUUUAACCAACAUCUCGCUCGCUUAUUUGAUUCCUGUUGUGAUGAAUAUCUCGCACUGAUUCCUGUUGUGUAACCUAUAGAUACCUAAAGAUCAACUACGUACUACAUCAUAGUAAGCAUGAAGAGUUACUAGUCUGUCAUAAUGAACGUGAACGGUGAACCUCAUCGCCAUCACAAGAUUGUGACUGGCCGCUUUCAAAUAAUGAGCUUCGAAUUUACCCCAUAAUUUUUUUAUCACUCUGAUAACAUCAAACAGUCAUCUUCUUCUUCUUCUUCUUCUUCAAGCAACAUCGUUCCGAGUAAUGCGAUUUCUUCGAACUACUGGGAUCAUGGC